GUAUAUCUUUUGUGCCUUGCACCGAAUUUUAUUUGGCUGGUUAAUACGCUAGUUAAAAGAACUAAAUUAUGUGGCGAUGAAAAUUGUACAGAAAAAUUAUUUGAAUCAAAAGUUAAUCGAAUUGACAAGAUCAACCAUGAGUUAUUUUUAAAUCCUAGUGCUGAUGAUAUAAUAAAUGUAUAUGCUAUAAAAUUCAGCGAUCGAACAGAUCUAAUAGAAGGAAGUUUAUCAAGAGAUCCUGGAAAACGUGGAAAUUUUUUUUUGCUUCAUAUCCAUUUGGGUGAAUACGUUCAAUUUCUGAAAAACGCAAUUCUGUCAAAUAAAACAAUGUUUGUAGUGAGUGCUGAACCUAGCGAUAUUAAUGGUAUUCCAUCGAAGGAAAAACUGAUUGGUAUAAAAUCUGCAUUACCUGAAUUGAUUAAGGAUUAUGAGGUCUAUUCAGAAAGAUAUAGCAAUGCUGAAAACAUACCACCUCUUCCAAAAAUUGAUUAUGCUGCAUUAGGCUAUAAUCCGGAUGAGAAAGGUGACUACAUUUUCUUAUCAUUUGCAUGA